AUGCCCUCGACUCGUACCGCUCUUGAGCGAGCUCGUUUUGCCACGUCCUCACGUCUCGUUGCAUCCCUUAUCAAUGAAGGUUUAGUCCAGGUCAAUGCUGAUUCACCGUACAUGGUCGUUGUAAAUCGUAUUGAUGAUAGUGGUAUAGAAUACAAGCUUUUUCUUUCGCUUAUUAGCCCAGUUCCAGUUGGUAAUCUGCAAUCAUUAGAUCCUGCUGAUAUUGUACCAUUUCAUAUUUAUGAUGAAAAUGGCAAAGAAUUUCUCUGUCCAGUGGCGAUUGCCGAUCGAUUCUGGAAAGGAUGUACUAUUGAUUUAAAACAACAAUUGAUAAGUUCUGUUCGAAAUCAAGAGUGGAUUUACAAUCAUCUUCCGACAAAAACUCCAUCUCUCUUGUCGUCGGCUAUUGAAUGGGAACAGUACAUAAUCGAAGGUCAUCCAACUCAUCCCAUGCAUCGCACACGAAUCCCUUUCGACGGUUUCGAAUCCAUUCUAUUGGCUCCCUCGAUAAAAUUUAUUUCCAUUCCUCGCUCAAAUAUGGUCAUUAACGGCAACUGGGAAUCGAUUAUGAAAGACUAUCUUCCAUCGACUAUGUCACCUGAUACUAUCGUUUUGCCAGUUCACGAGUUACAAGUAGCCAAAGUACUUUCACUGAUGCCAUCGGCAACACUUUAUUCAAAUUUUGAACGGAAAACUCUCGCACAAGCUUCUCUUCGAUCGGUCCUACCAAUGCCUGCCUUGGAUUUACCUGGUUAUCAUCUCAAAAUGUCAUUGGCCAUUUUGACUACUGGUGCAUGGCGAACGAUUUCUUAUUUCUCUGUUUACAAUGGUCCUCGUAUUACUCCACUCGCCAAAUCCAUUGCUCCUGAUUGUCUUGUUAUCAUCGGUGAAAUCGCCUCGAUUGGAUCGAAUUCUCUCGAUGAGACGAACAGUAAACAUAUCGCAUGUAUUCUUCGUGAAGAUCCCGAAGUUCUCAUGCCUGAUGAGUCAAUCAUCGUAGUACAAUGUCUGAUCGAAAAAACACCUGAUGGAAAUAUGUCUCUUGUUCGAGCCAUUUUCCAUCUCGAUACUGAAAAGAAAUGCGUUGAUUUUCUUCGAAAAUAUGCUGAACUUGCCUGCGCGGCUUUCUUACCGCCGAUGCUUAAACAUGGAUUUUGUUUCGAAGCACAUGGACAAAAUACACUUGCCAGAUUCGAUCGACAUACUGGUCGGUUAAUCGGUUUUGCUAUUCGAGACUUUGGUGGAGUGCGAAUUCAUCGAGAACAAUUUGAAAGUACAACACCGUUCAAAUUGGAUGUUUUACCUGAUUCUUGUAUUGUUACUGAUGAUAUUACGGAGGUCUAUACUAAAGUAUUUCACUGUUUUAUUCAAGGUCAAAUGAAUCGAUUAGUGCGCGCAUUAGAUCUUCAUUAUUCUCACAAAGGCUGGACAAUUGUUCGUCAAGCUGUGGAGAAACAUAUUAGUAUUUCUUCACCGGCAGGUCGGUUAUGGUUUAAAGAGACAGUUCCAUACAAGGCGUUUCUCAAAAUGAAACUGGAACAUAAAUAUCGAGAUUAUAUUUAUAGUGAAGAGCAUAUCGAAUGGUUGUUAAGUCUUUGCGAUAAUCGUUCUAUUGAAAUUCGACCCAAUAUUGAUCCAUUUUAUGUUGCAAUUCAUUCGAUCGAUUUGCUUCAAAUUACAAAUCUCGAUUCGUAUCACUCGUAA